AUCAGACCCCGAACAUUAGAGUGAUGAUGGAGGAGCAGAGUUUAGUGUUGGGACUGUCUUGUGUGUGUGUGAGGUCGGUGAUAGUUACGGAAACCCAUUGAUUUAUGUCGUGUUUAAUGCCUGCAGUCCCCGACACGAGUGGGCACCGGUGCAGUGGCGAGCGAGUGGUGGCGGCGGGCGAGUGUUGUGUAGCUUUAUGGAUCCCAGCAUAGCGUGGUACCAGCCGGAGCAGCAGGGCCCAGCCAGGGAGCUGUGGGCCAGGAUCUGGACCACCCAGCAGGGCCUCGACAACAUGAACCUGAACGACGCCAACAUGAACCACGAGUACAUUCCUAUCAGUGUAGAGGAUGCCAACAGGACUAACAAAACCACCACUAACAACGCCAAUAACAGUUAUUACAACCGUACCAAGAGGAAACGUGAAAACCGAGCCAGCACUUACGGCCUCAACCAGAACCACAAGAACCUCAUAGGACAGUUCGGAGGGUGUCCCUGGCGCCGCAGGACCCCGCCCUAUGACCUAGGAGUAAUUGGAUUACAUCAAGAAAUGGAGGACUUUUACUACUGGAUGUCCCCAACCAAGGAGGAGCACAACAUGAGGAAAAGAGUCGUGGAGCGCAUUGAGCAAGUUAUUGUUGACCUUUGGCCACAAGCGAGAGUGGAAAUCUUUGGCAGCUUUCGCACUGGCCUGUACCUGCCAACUAGUGAUAUAGAUCUGGUGGUGAUUGGGAAGUGGGAAGCCUUACCCUUGCGGACACUGGAGAAAGCUCUUUUGGAUCACAAGAUUGCUGAACCCUCCUCUCUUAAGGUCUUAGACAGGGCAUCUGUACCUAUAGUGAAGCUGACAGAUAGUGAAACUGAUGUCAAGGUGGACAUUUCUUUCAACAUGAGCAGUGGAGUAAAUUCUGCUCGUCUUAUAAAGGAUUUUAAGAAGCGUUUUCCAGUCCUGUCCAAGCUAGUCAUGGUGCUCAAGCAGUUCCUCCUUCAGAGAGACUUAAAUGAAGUCUUCACUGGAGGAAUAUCCUCGUACUCUCUCAUUCUUAUGACAGUCAACUUUUUACAAUUGCAUCAACGGUUAGAUGCAUCUCAACCCAAUGCCAAUCUUGGAGUGUUGCUGAUUGAGUUUUUUGAGUUGUAUGGUCGUCACUUCAAUUAUCUCAAGACUGGCAUCAGAGUGAAGGAUGGUGGAGCAUAUAUAUCAAAGGAUGAAGUACAGAAAGACAUGCCUGAGGGUCACCGGCCAUCUGUCCUGUGCAUUGAGGAUCCACUCAUACCAGGAAAUGACAUCGGCAGGUCUUCAUAUGGGGUGCUGCAAGUGAAACAAGCAUUUGAAUAUGCUUACAUUGUAUUAUCUCAGGCUGUGAAUCCUCUAAACAACAUCAUAAAUGACCCAAAUUCAUACUCUAUAUUGGGGCGCAUCGUGAGAAUAACAGACGACGUCAUUCUGUACCGUCAAUGGAUACAGAAGACCUUCCCUGUGAACCGGCCCAUCACCUCCAACAGCACCCACCAUGUGACUCCCACACAUCCUGCUGCACCACCCACACCCCCUGUGGAGUUUCAUACUCAGACCAGCUUGAAGGAGUCAUCAGAUAAUCAGUACAACAACAACAAAAACAGCAAUGAAAAUAGAAACAUCUGCAUGAAGGCCAGUCUGGCUGAUGAUGAUGCCCUGUCAUCAGAAGCCUCAGAACCACAUUCCACUCCUCCCUCUUCAGUCUCUUCAGUCAGUGAUGACACAGAUUCUGACCAGGCUGUGGACAUGAGUGAAGGGAGUCGAGACAGCUCUCCAAACAUUCAUCACCAGUUACAGCUUCAUCAUCUCAGUGGCACCGCUGCUGUCAGCCCGUCUGUCAGCAAUAUGUCUGGUGUGAGUUGCAGCAAAGUUAGCAAGCACCAGAGUCUCUCUAGUGACGUAUCUUCACUGCACCAUCCUAGUGUUGACCUGGAGACCCGGCCAGGUGAUCUGCCUCAGGCGAACAAGCAGCUGCACCACCAGACUCACCAAGAGCACCCAGCAGCACUCACCUGGCACCCAUCAGGAGGCUCAGCACAAAACAUUAGUCCUGCCAAGCCGCUGCCCAAACACAGGAGGUAUUCGCAGUCAUCACAAGGCUCUACACCUGGCGUUGGAGACAUUCGCACUGGCAAGACUAGUGGUGGGAACAAGUACUCAGGAGAAAACAUGAAUAGUGGUAAUGUGGGCACCACUUUGAGUGGCUCAUCAGCGAGUGGAAGCAACACCCAAACAAGAGUAAGGGUUCCAUACAAUAAGCGGAAAAAGUCUGCUCGACGGGACUCAGACGUGAGAACUGAAGUACGUGAUGUUCAUCGGUGAUGUAAGGGGAACGGUGUUGUAUACAGUGAAUAUAGGUAAGGUACUCUGGUGACUGACAGAGCUGUGAUGAAAGAUGAACAGUCUGAUGACUGUGAUUUUGGCAUUGCCCUGAAAGGUGCAAGCCAGCCCUCUUCUUUUUCUGUGAAGUUUCUUGAAGUGUGAAAGAGAAUUAGCCAGAUUUAUAAGACAACCCUCCAUUCCAGGGGUCACCACUGUGGAAGUACACAAUAUUUCAUGUGAAGUGUAAUGAUGUGAAACUGUAAACAACUUGGCUGUUUUCUUCCAGAACUGAAAGUUUUUAAUAGACCAGUAACUGUAGAGUCCAUAUUUUAUUGUUUUAUUUAUAUUCUGUGAGCUCAACUUAUCUGAUAUGAUGACUUCCAUAGCCAUCAAAAUAAUUUCAAAUAGACAUUUUAUAUAGUUUGAACUUGGAUAUUGGAAGUACAGUAACUUAGAGUAAUAAUUGAGUUAUUGAGGUCAAAUGACACAUCAGGGGAUUGUUGUAGGGUUCUUAUGUAUGGCCUAUGCAAAAAUAUUAAAAGUAAAAAAUGUGUAAUGUAGUGAGGGUGGGUAGACCCUUAGUGGAUGCUUCCAAAUAGAAUCUUUGUCAUUAGAAAUGUUAUUUGUGUAUGUAUAUAUACUUAUAUUUUAUGUGAUGUGUGUGUUUUGUGUUAACUCGUAUGACUUAUAUAGUACAUAAGUAAUAUAUGAGAUGCAUGUAUGUUAUACAAUUGCAUUUUAUGCAUUAUGAAUGAAUUACAGCCUAUGUUAUUUUGGUUGGGUUGUGUGUACAAGGCAUAUUGCACUGAUGUGCAAAUUUUGUGCAUGGAGUUGUAUGGUAGAUGCAAAUGUGCAUAUUGUGUGACAGUGAAUGAGUGGAUGGGUAGAAUGUGCUGGGUAGUGUGUAGAAGGGAAAAGGGGUACUUAACUUAUUUUUAUCAAUCCCUGUUGGACCAAAAUCUUGUUGCUUGGAGUAAAAAUAGCUAUAUUGAUGGAUCUUGUUGUGCAUCUUAAUAGUUUGUUGUUUUCAGCUCUUGAAGCAUUACUGAGGCCACUCACUGCCCACACAUUUAACCCCCAACAUACAACUUUACAUCUUUGCCAGUUCUCACCUGGUCGUGGGGUAUUUUUAGAGGGAUUGGUUAUGGCUGCAUAUUUUCCUAGAUUGUGAUUUUCUGUGCCAAGAAAAUACAUUGCCUAAGACUUGCGUACUGAAGAUUAAAAUAUCUAAGUCAUACAUAGAAGUCCAUAUCAUUUUUGUUCUAAUAAGUAAAUUAAUGUACUAAGUCAUCAAUAGAGUAUUUUCCUAUGUGAAUGAGUGUAGUUGUACAAUAGUUAUUUAUUAUAAUAUUAUGAAUGCAUUUAAAACCUAAAUGGGUUUCAUGAAGUAAGUGUCAGAUUUCAAGGUUUUCUUUGUUAAGCUGAGUAAACAACAGCCGUAUGCAAUAGAUGUGUAGCCCCUCCAGUUUUCUAUGAGAUUGGGACUGGCGAUACCCUAGAGAAAUAUUUUCUUGUACUGAUGCCUGUGUACCCCAAGACAUGUCCAAGUAAUCUUGUAACUGUUGAAGGUAUUUGGUAUACAGGUCAAAAAUCUUUUACCCCCCAAAAGCCAUGAAGUUAAUAGUAGGUCAGAAUUUGGGUGGUACUGGUUUGCACUAGGUAAGUGAUGUCAUUGGAAACAUUUUUUUCAUGACCAGUCAAAUGUAACACAUAGCUGGUACUCAACACCCAACCAAACAGCUGCACUUUUGUAUACAUAAAGUUUCACAAACACAUCACAGUCUUCUUUCUGUAAAUUUUAAAGUAUACAUCUCCUCUAGCAAAUAUUAGUGCAAAUAUACCACAUGUGUAAUUAUCUUGCUGCUAAAAGUGCCUGGCACAUUGAUGCCACAUUCAUCCAUGCUGACUUUUGAAGGUUCAAAGUUGGGUUAGGGAACCUAACAUUUUUUCAUAGAUGUUCUCUCUAUGGAACUGAUAUUACUAUUGCAUGACAUUCUGAAUGAGAUGCUUGUCUUAUUGCAGUCUCUUAGUUUUGAAACUCAUUGCUGGCAGAAAACAACACAAAUGUGUAAAAAGUAUUUACUAUUAGUUAGUGUUCAUUAAUUAAAGAAUAUUCUUGAGCCAUAACUUGGCCUUGAUAAUACAGUAUUGUGUUCACUGGUUUGCAAGCUCAGUAACAAACAUCGCAAAUUUCUUGGCUGAUUGGUAGUGAUACUACUUAGUAUUAUUUUCUUGUGCAUUUUUAGGGGAUGGACUGUAUGGAUAAAAGAUUCUUGGCCUGUACAGACAUUAAGUAUUGGGGAUGAAAAGAAUGGUGUGGAGAGCUUUGAACAUUGAAUAGUAUUCUCCAGAAACAAGAGUUAGAUAAGCACUUGCUGUGAUUUUGAAAAAAAAAAAGAAAAAAAAAUUAUUCUGGUUUCCAGGAGCAACUUAUCAUUUGAUGUAAAAAUUCAUUAAAUUAGAAAAAAAAAUAUUGUAGUGAAUAAGAAGCCUGAAAUGCAUUAAAACACUGUCACUCACCUGUUGUGCAACCUUUAUGUUAUGGAAAUAUAUUUGUAAUUGCUUGCUAUCCCACAUGACUAUUUCAGCUUAUUUUAUAUGUACAGUACUCUGUAUAAUCUAAUGUAAAUUACUUAUAGAAUCUUUAUAGAUGAUAGAAAAAAAGAACAUAAGAAAACUUAGUUUAUAAAAUUUGUGUCUUGAAUCAAGCAACACCUGAAUCAGCUCACACAACGUCUUGUUUUCCUCAUUCUGUUUGCUAUAAUUACAAAACUUAUGACCUUGUGUGGAUCAGACUCGUUCAUUAUGUGACACACUGUGCUUGUGGAAGAACUAUAUGUUUACAACAUUGAUAGUGCAUAGAAAAAAAAAUAUAUGGCUUUAGGCAAGAGUUAUUUAAAUCUCUAUUAUCAUCUAUUAAAUCCUUGAAUUUAAUUACUUUUCUAUGGUAUUCAGUUUGUGAUCCAGUUGGAAACUUUAUUGUGUACCUACCAGGAUCAAUUGGAAAAUGAAAAGAAUUAAUAUUGACAAGCAUUGAAAUGUGACAGUGAGACAUCCCGUGUUAGAAAGCUCACUCAGUCAAAACUCCUAUUUCAGUAAUGUUCUGAAUGUAAUAUACUUUAAGGUGGGAUGUCUCAAAUGAGGAAAUAAGCAGGAAAUAUUCAUUUACAGUCCAUUCCUGUCUGUCAGUUGUGCAUCUUUAUCCUUCUCAAGGUGAGGAGCUUGAAGGUGGUGUCUUAUUAGAUCAGCCUUCUUUAGUUUCAUUGUUUUGCUGUCACUUAUUGUUAAGUUCAGCAGUGAAAUUUGAUGUAGAAACAACAUUGAAUGCAGUGCUAGUAUUCUAAUAUUGGUUAUAAAAAUCACUAAGAUAACUUUGAAACUUGUUUGAUAGAAGACAGACAACUUGGAUAGGUAAGUAAUAUAUUUCUGUGUGAAGCUCAUUGUGAAUGUAUAUUAUAUAAUAUAAUAUAGUAUGUUCUACAAGCAAUAGGAGCCAUAAAACCUUGAGUGUGUGAGAUCCUACAACACACACACACACACACACACACACACACACACACACACACACACACACACACACACACACACACACACACACACACACACACACACACACACACACACACACACACACACACACACAGCAUAUAGAUUCCCUCAAAGUUGCUGAAUGUGAGCUACAUACUUGUACUUUAUUUUGUUUAAGGAUGUUGGGAAGAUGUAUUCCAUUUAUUGUAAAUACAUAAAAAGAACUAUGUGUAUGAGUUCAAUUUAUGCUUGACAUAUCAUGCAGCAUCUCUAAAUCACUAUGUGUGUUACAUACAGUGAUGCAUCAUCAAGCCAUUGGAAGAGCAGAAUUGCCACAAGCCUAAUGUUGACCUAGGUGAGUGUUCUACAGUAGUGCAGUGCAUCCCACCUGCUGCAUCAGUUGCCCUAAGCUCUUACUGGCAUGAUAAUACACUUUCUUGUGAGUUCUCAUCAGAUUUUAAGCAGAGAAUAGAGUGGAAUGCUUUGGCUCUUAUCUUAAGAUUAGUACAAGAGGUGAAUGACAGUGAUUUAUGCUGAUAAUUGGUGAAGAAUUAGUUCUACCUCUGUACAGUUAGGCAUAUGAGUUCAUUCAUUCAGUAGACAGUUUGGUGUAAUUACUUUCUUCAUAGACUUCUUCAGUAAUUUUGACAUCUUGAACAAUCAAUUGUUAUUGAUAUUCAAUUAAAGAUAUGUUGCUUAUGAAAGACAAGUUAGUUAAUCGUGUUCCCAAAAAAGUUGUCCAAAGGACAUGAUUGUUCACUUAUGCCAUCACUUACAGAAAAAAGUCCAUUUCUUAUUAAAAGUACACAUAUGCAAAAAAAAUACUCUUACUUAACAUUAAGCUAUACGAGAAAUGCACUUUUCAGAUACCAGUAUAGAGCUGAAUAAUUGAAAACCAACAAUGGUUGUAGCCCAACUGCCCAUGCAUGAUUAAACUUUUCAGUCAGUGGUAUUGCAAGGCAGUAGUACUUCUCCAUAUUGUAGCAGCUAGUAACUCCUUAAAUAAUUCGCGUGAAUAUUGGUACAUUCAUUGUAAUUUUCCUUGUUUUACUCUUGCAUUAAUGAGAUCAAGAAAACCAAAAAUGAAACACACAAGUCAUUGCUGGAAAGGUACCAAGAAAAGAAAAAUUUGUUGAGGAGCCUAAGUUUUGUGUUAGGUUUCAACUGAACAUGUAAUAAUAUACAGGAUUCUGGUUUUUGUACAAAUAUUUACAGUGUGACUAUUGCCUUGAAAAUUUAUAAAAGGAAGUUUAGGUAAAAAGAGUAAAUGUA